CCCCACAAGGGGAGCAAAGUGAGAGAAAGCGGCCAUAAAUUCGGGAUUGCACGCCGCCUGCUCAUUAUUUCGCGUUCUCCACUCCGAGCAAAAUACAACACACAACCAUGUCUCUGCAGUCGGACGCCGUUUUCCAGAAGAUCAUCGAUGGACUGAAGGAGAACGAGGCGAAGGCCAAGUCGGUCAACGGUGUGUUCCUGUACAAAAUUACCAAGGACGGCAAAGUGGCCAAGGAGUGGACUCUGGACUGCAAGAACGCCAAGGCCUACGAGGGACCCGCCCAGGGCGUCAAGGUGGACACCACUCUGACGGUCGCCGACGAGGACAUGGUUGACAUCGCCCUCGGCAAACUGAAUCCCCAGGCUGCCUUCAUGAAGGGCAAGCUGAAGAUCGCCGGCAACAUCAUGCUCACCCAGAAGUUGGCGCCGCUCCUGAAGACCGACGCCAAGUUGUAAAAAGGAUCGACAGUUUGGCCUGCACAUUCCUCACCAACAACAGUGUGUGUUCUUUUUUUUUUGUGUGUAUAAUUUGUAAUCUGUAUUCGUGUUUUUGUUUCACCACAUAAUUAAUGUUAUUUUUGUACGGGAAAUCGUCUACAAAACUAGAAAAUAAUACAUAAGGCGAAAGCGACAAAAAAAACUCA